AGACUGAUCCCAUGCUGGUAGAAAGGCAUCUCAGAUAUGCGGCAGACAAAAUGUACACAUUUUGAAUAAAAGUUCUGAUCUUUUGUCUUCAUCCAAAGGCUUGAAAAUCGAUGCUCCAAGAGAUGAUGAAAGAAAGUUUGGAAUCUUUGUUCUGGACAUCUUCGCAAUCGGAUCGUGUUUUCUGUUGAAUCUAUUGAGUUUGUCUACUUCUAGUUACAGUUUCAGGCAGGGAACACUCUUGAACAUCUGGAAAUCGAGAUGUGAUCUGAGGAUAUUUCUUAACGAAGAGCCAACGAUAAGGAUUUCACAAGAGCCAUCUGUGUACUUUAAUAAGGUUAGGUUGCAAUAUUCAUCAUAAUCAAAUUCACAUGGAUAAAGACUCUUCACAGUAGGAAGUAUGCUCUGAUGGGACCUGGAUGACAGCCAGACAGAACAAGGGUCAGAUAAACGAAAGUACAACAGCAGAAAAAGGAAGAUGUUUUGCUUUUCCCAAUGGGAGCGAAGAAAAAUCGACAUCCUUGUUUCCAUUUCCUCUUCUUGAAACCAUCUAGGGUCAUCUUUUAAUGCAGCAAUGAUCUCUUUUAAUAUGACUCAGGCGACUUCCUUGCAAACUAUGAAGGAGAACUUCAGAGUGACAUCACCCAGUCCCGAGCUCACAACUCCCGCUGUUAUUGAAAGAGUAGUAGUGACCACUGGCUGUAUUCUUAGUGUGGGAUCCAUAUUAAUCAUCUCCACCAACCUUCUAGUCACCAUUUCCCUGAUCAUGCUCAUUCGCAAAAGAGGCUACCAGAGCUGGUGUUUCGUUUUAAACCUGUCCAUUGCGGACAUUCUAGUCGGUGUGGCCAUUACAGGCAUUGCCACUGAUGCUCUCAAAGGAACAACAGCUUCUAUGGAGAAGGGCAUUUGUUUGUUCCGAAUGACUUUCAUCAUGGCGCCGACUGCCGCCUCCAUCCUAACAAUGUUCAUGAUUUCGCUGGAUCGCUACAUGGCUAUAAAACUGCCGCUCCGCUAUUCGGAGUUAAUGAAUGAGAAGAUGAUCGCAGGGGCUCUGGUCUUCACUUGGAUUCUCUCAUCACUGGUGGGAUUUUCACCUGGGAUUUUAAAACCAAUGCAGCAGGAAAACUAUCAAAAGGUCUGCACGUUCUUCUCCGUCAUCGAGCCCAAAAGCAUUGUUGUGGUCUUCUGCAUGUUUUUCUUCCCACUGCUCUCAGUCUUCAUCUAUUUCUACAUGGAUAUCCUAAAAAUCGCCUGCAGCCACCAGAAGCGGAUCCGUGCACAGCAAGCAAGUUCACGCUUUUUGACGUCUAGUCGUUACUGGGGUCACGUAAAAGCCCUGCGGACUGUAGCCGUGCUGGUUGGAUGCUUCACCCUCUUCUGGUGUCCAUUUUUCGUGGUCAGUAUUGUGCAGGUCUCAUGUCCAGACUGUGAACUUUAUUACUUUUUAGAGAACCAUCUGUGGUUGCUGGGAACCGCAAACUCUCUUAUCAAUCCCCUGGUGUACGCCUGCUGGCAGCGAGAGGUGAGGGACCAGAUCUGUGAAAUCUUUGCUUAUAUUAAAGUGGGGUUUUGUCGUGAGAGGCAUUCCAAGGGAGGGGACGGAUGCACAACAGACCACCUGACUGUCGCCCACGCUGUAGAGUUUCAUGACAAGUCUCUGACCAGCCCGUUAAAUUACUGUAGUUCUGUCACAAUUCCAGAAUAACAUCCGGAAAAUAUUCUAAACAGAGUAGGAUUGUCCUUUUAGUCCGCUGUUGAGAGGAAACUGUAAAAGUCUCUUAAUGGAUGUGGAGCCCAGAGUAUCUGUUGAAAUAAAACAGCACAUUUGUUUGCUUUCCUUUUCCGCCUGCAAUGAACACAUUACUUUUGAAAUGUAACCAAUGCACUUU